AAGAAACCGAGAGAGAAUGAUGAUAAGAAGACUUUAUGAAGCUUCAGUGAGUGGAAGUCUUCCAUCUUUGAUUGAACUCAUAGAAGAAGACGAGCUCAUUCUCGACAGAAUUAUGGUCACUCACCUCAAUGAAACUCCAAUCCACAUAGCAGCGAUGCUAGGCCACGUUGAGUUUGCGAAAGAGAUUUUGAGACGCAAACCAGAACUCGCAACUGAGUUAAAUUCAGAAAGUUCCUCACCUCUUCACUUGGCUUCAGCAAGAGGGAACCUUGAAAUGGUGAAAGAGUUGUUGACGAUUAACCCAAAUGUUUGUUUUGUUACUGACCAUGAUGGGAGAACUCCUCUUCAUCUUGCAGUGAUCAAAGGCCGUAUUGAUAUCAUGAAAGAGUUGAUUCAGAAACGACCUGAGGUCAUUCAUGUGAGGGUUGAUAGGGGAGAAACCAUUAUACACCUGUGUCUGAAAUACAACCGUUUGGAGGAACUUAAAGUAUUGCUGGAAUCAGCAGGAAGUGACCAAGAGCUCAUCAAUUCUAAAGAUGAUGAUGGCAACACUGCUUUGCAUCUUGCUGCAGCUAAGAAGCAAACAAAGGCGAUCGAGUUAUUGCUAGAUAAAAAUGGAGUAGAGGUAAACGCAUUGAAUGGGAGUGGUCUUACAACUUUGGAUAUCUUAGCACAAUCUCCACGAGAAAUGAAAGACAUGGACAUUGGAGAGUCCCUAAGGGCUGCUGGGGCAUUAAGAGCCAGGGAUAUUAUUAUAGUGUCAGCAGUAAAUGAAAAUGACCGUUCUAAGGUAGUCAUAUCAGGAAGGGGUAAAGCAAUAUUCUCCUCCUCACAAAAAAACACCCGGACUAGUGGUAGCCAAAUGAAAUCCAAAGAAGAGUGGUUAGAGAGGAAGAAGAAUUCAUUAAUGGUGGUGUCAACUGUAAUUGCCACCAUGGCUUUCCAAGCAAUACUAAAUCCUCCAGGUGGGGUUUGGCAAGAUUAUGGCACGCAUCCUGAUCCUUAUAACCCCAGUAUUGAAGUUAGCCAUAGGGCUGGUACUUCGGUAAUGGCAGAUGAUAGCCCUUUUUGGUACCUUAUGUUCUUAAUUUUCUGCACACUAUCUUUUGUUGGGUCUUUAAGUAUAACCCUUCUGCUCAUAAGUGGAUUACCAUUGAGGCGAAGGGUUUUUAUGUGGAUAUUGAUGGUAAUUAUGUGGAUCAUAAUCACAUCAUUGGUAUUGGCUCUCAUUGUGUCAAUAUCUCAACAGACACCAAAUGGUGAUAAGUUUAAUCUGAUUGUUUUAUCUAAACUGGUCACACCAAAAGUUCAGUUUAAUCUGAUUAUAGAAAUAAUGGUGAUUUCAGUCACCAUUUGGUUGGGUCUGUUGGGCCUUGUUCUCUUACUUCACACUGUUCGCUUCGUCUUCCUAUGCGUGAAGAAAUGCUGGAAAACAACACGGCCAGUUAGGAGGCGCCCUCAGAUUAUAAAUAAUGAUCAGAGUCAAUCCUAUGUCUGAAUGAAAUUUGGGGACAGAAAUUAAAAUAUUUCCUUUCUCAUUCUGAACACUUUUGGAGAAUAUGUAAUGGC